CUCAUACGGUGGCCUCACAUUUGGCAGAAUGCAGAUCUUUGUGAAAACCCUGACUGGCAAGACCAUCACUCUUGAGGUCGAAUCUAGUGAUACUAUUGACAAUGUCAAAGCCAAAAUCCAGGACAAGGAAGGGAUUCCUCCUGAUCAGCAGAGACUGAUCUUUGCUGGGAAGCAGCUGGAGGAUGGCCGUACCCUUGCUGAUUACAAUAUCCAGAAGGAGUCAACACUGCAUCUGGUUCUGAGGCUUCGUGGUGGCAUUAUUGAGCCAUCUUUGAUGGCUCUGGCCAGGAAAUAUAACCAGGAAAAGAUGAUUUGCCGCAAAUGUUAUGCACGCCUGCAUCCUCGUGCCGUCAACUGCAGGAAGAAGAAGUGUGGCCACAGCAACCAGUUGAGGCCAAAGAAGAAGAUUAAGUAGACUAUUGAUCAGGAGGCAUGGUUACUGCAUUUCUUAUUAGGUUUUUGGAUGUUUGUCUUUGAUUAUGUUGGUAUCAAAUAUUUUUCUGGUUAGGGUUCAAGACUUUCAUGUUAUUUGGUUUUAGAAUACUUUUGUACUGUGAUCUUUAUUUCGAAUGCGUGAUCCAAACUUAACACAUCUUUUUUAGAUAAUGUGGCAGAUAUCACUUAAUCUGAUUAAAGGGAAUAUUCUGUUGAAGUGGUAUGUUUAUAGAAUAUGAAAUUCGACUUUGUAGCUA